UUAAACGGGAAUAAUUUCAAAACAUGGUUUCCCCAAAUGGAAGCCAUUUUACACAAAAGCCGUCUGUUGCGUAUGGAUAGAGUAGAAGAGCAAAUGCCAAGGAUCACUCCUAUUCGAGAGAAUGCUACGGAAGCGCAAAUAAUUGCAUAUGAAGAAUCAUUAAGGAAAUUGCGUGAUUAUCAAGAUAAGGAUCAAGAUGCUCGAGCAGAAAUAAUUGUUUCUUUGCAACCCGAUAUAAUAAAAAUGGUGAAAAAUUUCAAAACUUCACCUGAAAUAUGGUCUUAUCUCAAGGAAACUUUUGAUAGAAAAUCAACUAGAACGAAUGCGGAACUAUUUCGUAAACUAUUAAAUUUGAAAAUCAAAGAAAACCAAAAUAUAACUGAAUAUUUAACAGAAUUUGAUAUAAUUGUAUCUGAUCUACGCGAAAUAAUUGAUGAUAUGGAUGAUGACUUUUUAACCGUAAUGUUAUUGGAUAGCUUAUCAUCUAAAUAUGAAUCUAUCAGAGCAGCAUUUGAUGCUGCUAAUGAAUUUCCAACUUUGAAUAUUUUACGAUCUAGAUUGUUGGAAAUUGGUGAUAAAUUUUAACAAAAUAGUAAUAAUUUUGAAGAUAACGCUCUUAAGGUGAAUAAAUUUAAGAAAGGAAACAAGAAAAUAUAUUAUCAUAUGGAUGAACCAGGUAAGAAUAAUUUUCCUUCUUAUUGUUUUAAAUGUGGAAAAAAGGGGCAUAU